GCCCGUGACACGGUACAGCCACGCCGGGAGGCACUUCCUGUUACCCGGGGAGAGCCUCGCUGCCAGGGCCCUGGCUGGCCAGACGGAGCCGUUCCUGUGCCGGUGGAGACGGGACGGCGGCCAGGAGCCCGGCGGGACCCACGGCCUUCCUGCAGCCGUCCAGACAAAGUUCACCUGCCCCAGGAGAGGAGGACCAUGCAGAGAUGGAGAGCAGCCGGAGAGGCGUCCUGGCUGUGCUGGGAGUCCUGGCUGGACUGGCAGCUUCAGGGUCCGGGUAUCAGAUCGUAGAAGGUCCCCAGAACAUCACGGUCUUGAAGGGCUCGGAGGCCCGCUUCAACUGCACGGUGUCGCCGGGCUGGAAGCUCAUCAUGUGGGCCCUGAACGGCGUGGUGGUGCUGAGCGUCACGCCGCGGGAGCCCAUCAUCACCAACGACCGCUUCACCUCCGCCAGCUACGACCGCGGAGGGGACUUUGUCUCCGAGAUGAUCGUCCAUGACGUGCAGCUCCGCGAUGCGGGGCAGGUCCGCUGCAGCCUCCAGAGCAGCGACCUGGAUGCCUUGGCCUUCCUGUCCGUCCAAGUCAUGGGAACCUUGAGCAUCCCUGGUGAUGACCUUGAGGUCACCGAGGAUGAGCCCUGUAAUGUCACCUGCCGAGCCCAGGGCUGGACCCCACUCCCGGACAUUACUUGGAGGGUUGGCGUCCCUGCCAGCCAUUCCAGCUACUCCUCGUUCGCGGAGCCGGGGGCCGGUGGCGGUGUGGUGAGCAUCCUGGCGCUCCGGCCGCAGGGCAACGGGACGCUGACUUGCGUGGCUGCACUGAGGGCUCCAGAGGCCCGCACGGCCGUCACCGUGAACCUCACGGUGGUCCCGCCGUCCCCUGUCUGGGUGAAGGAGGGCGCGGUCUGGGGGUCUGCCCAGGUCUGUGGGACAGGCCCCUGCGGGCCAGCCCUGGCAGACUGUCACCAGGACCUGCCCCCAUCCCUGCCACCCACCGUGUGUGAGCAGUAUGAGUCUCCUGUGGCACAGGCUGAGGAGCUUCAACUAGAGACGGGCCUCCUUGUGUUGGAGCUGGAGCUCGGGGUGGCAGGGGGCAGCUCCCGGGGGCCCUGCCUCUCCCCUGAAUCUAGUUACCAAAAUGAAAUAAGAAAAUCUGCAACUGCGAAGACAACCAGAGACGCUGUUGACAGCAAGCUAAAGAGGGGAAAUGAGAACUAUGGAUAUAGCUCGGAUGAGCCCAAGGCUGCACAGCUUGCUUCACUCCCUCCGAAGUCUGCCGAUCUCAGCGCCGUCCCGGAGCCGGGGGGCAGCCGCUCUCCUCCUCAGGAUCUCAGUAAGCCUCGGCCGGGCCGGGCGGGUCAUCCACAGGUUUCCUUUGACAUCGCCAGUCCUCGGAAGGUCAGGAAUGUCACUUUAGUAUAAGAAUGACUUCCUGUGCGGUCCGCUUGUGCUUGGGUGAAGAUUUACGCCGCCCUGACAUCUUUGUUCUUGUCCAUCCUGAGACAAGACUUCAGCUCUGUCAACAUUCCUUGAAGAAGUCGGUUGGAGCGAUGGGAGCUAAUGCUCUUCAGUGACAGGAGGAAUCAGUUCCCUAGGUUCCAAGUAGAAUGUGGCUUUUAAGACUGUCAUGGUUUUAGUGAGCCCCUUAAAGUUACCGAGUAAAAACCUGCACACUUAUCCUGGUGAUAUUUUUCAUCACCUAACACUCCUGCUUGCUAAUCCAGUAAGUGGUAGCUAUGUCUGUAUUCUAUCUACCAUGACUUAAAAAGAUGUUUUCAUUGCUCUCAAUCUUAUUAAGAUGAUAUUUAUAUCUGCAUAUUAUUAGUGAAGCAAGAA